AUGUGGGGAGCCCUGAUCGAUUACUGGCACCUCACGGGCGACGACACGUACAACGACAUCAUCACCCAAGCCAUGCUUUGGCAGGUCGGCGAAGGCCGCGACUACAUGCCAAGCAACGUCACUAUGUCCCUCGGCAACGACGAUCAAGGCUUCUGGGGCAUGACCGCCAUGCUGGCUGCCGAAGUCGGCUUUCCUGACCCGCCGGAGGAGGAGCCACAGUGGUUGUCGCUCGCCCAGGCCGUAUUCCACACACAAGCCUCGCCCGAUCGACACGAUGAGACGUGUGGCGGCGGCUUGCGAUGGCAGAUUCCUUUCGCCAACAACGGCUACAACUACAAGAACAGUAUCGCCAACGGCUGCUUCUUCAACAUUGGUGCCCGUCUCGCGCGCUACACCAAGAACUCGACGUACGCAGACUGGGCCGACAAGACGUGGGACUGGAUGACGAGCGUCGGCUUCAUCGACUCUGAAUACAACAUUUACGACGGCGGCCACGUCGAGCACAAUUGUACCGAUAUCAACAAGGCCCAGUUCUCUUACAACAACGGCGUCUUCCUCUUGGGCGCCGCCCACAUGUACAACUAUACCGACGGUGACGCGAAGUGGAAGACACGUAUCGAGGGCCUUCUACAGAGGACUAUUGAGGUCUUCUUCCCUAACAACAUUGCGUACGAGGUUGCAUGCGAAAAGAAGAUGAGCUGCACGACGGACAUGCUGUCGUUCAAAGGCUACGUCGCCCGCUGGCUUUCGACCAUGACGCAGGUGGCCCCCUUCACGGCAGACACGAUUCUUCCGGUCCUUCGCAACUCGGCGGAGAAGGCAAUCGCUCAAUGCACCGGCGGCACCGACGGACGCACGUGCGGAUUCCAGUGGUACUCUGGCCAGUACGACGGCAAGACGGGUGCGGGCCAGACGAUGAACGUAAUGAGCGCCGUGUCUUCACUCCUCAUCGGCAGCGCCAAGGCUCCGUUGACUAACAGCACGGGCGGUACCUCCAAGGGGGACUUCAACGCGGGCGCGGACUCGCAAGACAUUAUGGAUCACCACAAGCCGAUAAAGAUGGGCGACAGAGCCGGUGCCGGCAUCUUGACGUUCAUGGUUCUGGCAACAGCCCUCUCUACGUGGGCGUGGAUGAGCGUGGGCGACGCCUAG